GUAUGAGGCAGCGGAUGCGGGAGACACGAGGCCGAAGAAGGAGAACGAGCAGAACGUCAAGAACCGGGCGCGUGAGAUCCGGUUCAAUGCCCACAACCAACGGAUGAAGGCGGAGGAAGAUGCGUGGAUAGAGGUCACCAACCACUAUAAUGCCUUUCGUAUGGAAGUUGCUGCCGAGUUGGACAAGGCUGCAUCGACCAAAGCUAAGGGCAAACAACGGGCUGUACCGGCAGAUGACUGGGAUAUCGAUCCUAGAGACCUACCAGAUCACUUCGGAGGGAAGGGUGGCGUAGAGCUCGCACGGAAGCUCGUCAGUGGAGAGUUCGCACAGCAAGACCCGUUGAGCAGACGGCUGGACAGUCUGGAAUACACGAUCGACCGGGUGCAUUCCCUCUCAAACUCCGCACUGGAAACCACGCGCAUAGCGGAAACAGAUCUAGAUCGUCGCUUCGCGAUGCUCAACAUCUCACUAGCCACUCGCUCUCAGCCCGCACCUACCUCAUUACCAUCCACGUCUGGUGCCGUGUCGUCCUACCUCCCACCCAGUCUCUCCCGACCACCACCCACAACCGACCCACAAGAAUUGCUACGCGCAUUGUCCCGAAUCGAUGCAGACCGUCCACAGAACCAAGUGGGCGACGCAGCGCGACGGGCUGUGAGGGAGGUACAGCGUGCCACCGAUGCGCCUGGCGGGAUGACAGAGAGACGACUCACUGCAGGCGUAGCACCUCCCACACCACGCAAACCGCCAGGUACGCCCCGUCGAGCAACAACGCCAGGCAAGGGUCGAUGAGCGUCGCCUGUGUCACCCAACAUCUCAACUUUUAUUCGUGGUCGGACUGCGUCGGUUACGUGUCGUCUUCACUUCCUGUCUCGGUUUGUCCUUAACCAUUCAUUGUUGUCCGCUGUGCUC